GAAUAAGGAGGAUUACAACUGAGAAAGUUGGUGAAUCGACGGUGAUGGAGAUCAGAGAUAUCGACGAUCUUCCGAAGAACGCCGCAAACUACACCGCGUUGACGCCGUUGUGGUUCUUGGAAAGAGCCGCCACGGUUCAUCCGACCAGAAAAUCGGUGGUCCAUGGAUCUCGUACUUACACGUGGCUCCAAACUUAUCUGCGUUGCCGUCGUUUGGCGUCGGCUCUGUCUAAACGGUCCGUCGGAGUCGGUAGCACGGUAGCUGUGAUUGCACCAAACAUCCCUGCGACCUACGAAGCUCAUUUUGGAAUCCCCAUGUGUGGUGCUGUUAUAAACCCAGUAAAUAUUCGACUAAAUGCUUCAACCAUCGCUUUCCUCUUGGGCCAUUCACAAUCUGCCAUUGUCAUUGUGGACCAAGAGUUCUUCACUUUAGCAGAGGAUUCUUUGAAAAUCAUGAAGGAAGAAAGCCAAGGCCAUUUCAAGCCUCCGCUUCUGGUUGUCGUAGGGGACGAAUUCUGUGAUCCCGAAGAACUCAGGUACGCUUUGCAAAAAGGAGCCAUCGAGUACGAGGAGUUCUUAGAAAGUGGUGACCCUGAAUUCGCUUGGAAACCUCCCAAGGACGAGUGGCAAAGUAUAUCAUUGGGUUAUACGUCGGGCACGACCGCCAGCCCGAAAGGGGUUGUUUUACAUCACCGAGGGGCGUAUUUAAUGUCUUUGGGUAAUCCUCUUGUAUGGGGAAUGAAUGAAGGAGCUGUAUACUUGUGGACUCUCCCUAUGUUCCACUGCAAUGGUUGGUGUUUCACUUGGGCACUUGCAGCUCUUUGUGGAACAAACAUAUGUCUUCGACAGGUAACAGCAAAGGGAGUCUAUUCGGCUAUAGCAAAGUAUGGCGUGACUCAUUUCUGUGGUGCACCUGUGGUGCUUAAUACCAUAGUUAAUGCCCCAGCUGAGGACACCAUUCUACCCCUCCCACAUGUUGUUCAAGUAAUGACAGCCGGUGCUGCCCCGCCUCCUGCUGUUCUCUUCGCAAUGUCUCGGAAAGGCUUCCGAGUCACUCACACUUACGGUCUCUCAGAAACCUAUGGUCCUUCUACGAUUUGUGCAUGGAAGCCCGAGUGGGACUCACUUCCGGAUGAAACUCAGGCUCUUCUAAAUUCACGUCAAGGAGUUCGAUACACCACUUUAGAACGACUAGACGUCAUUGAUACCAAAACAUGUGAGCCUGUCCCCGCUGAUGGAAAAACUUUGGGAGAAGUAGUGAUGCGCGGAAAUGUUGUGAUGAAGGGUUACUUAAAGAACCCGAAAGCAAAUGAGGAGACAUUCGCGGAUGGCUGGUUUCACUCUGGGGACCUCGGUGUGAAACACCAAGAUGGGUACAUUGAAAUAAAAGAUAGAUCAAAGGACAUCAUCAUAUCCGGAGGUGAAAACAUCAGCAGUGUUGAGGUAGAAAAUAGUCUAUACCUACACCCUGCGGUGUUGGAGGCAUCCGUGGUAGCCAGGGCCGAUGAACGGUGGGGAGAGUCACCUUGCGCUUUCGUGACUUUGAAAGUGGAGGUUGACAAAUCGGAAGAGCAGCAGUUAGCGGAGGACAUAAUGAAGUUUUGCAAGUCGAAAAUGCCGGCUUACUGGGUUCCUAAAUCGGUGGUGUUUGGUCCAUUGCCGAAGACAGCUACAGGUAAGAUCCAAAAGCAUGUGUUAAGAGCAAAGGCAAAACAACUGGGACCCGUGAAGAUGAGUAAGUUGUAACUUGGAUAGUAUAUUCAUACAAGUCUGUAUACUCUAAUGAUUUAUGUAUCAUUGUGGGUU